AUGUUCUUCAUCUCAGUCAUCCAUGCCUGGAAACCUAUUUCUCUUGAUAAAGACACGUCGAAGCUGUUUGGAGUGUGGUAUGUAAAUGCCUGGACUGGAAACGUGGAUAUUCCUGAAGAUAAGAGGUAUCAGAAAAUACCUCCCACCACUAUCAGACCUCUUUCUAAUGGUAAAUUGGAGGCCAAAUUAAAUCUUAAAAAGAAUGGCCGAUGUGAAGAAAUUAAGUUAACUCUAGACAAAACAAAGGAACCUGGGAAAAUCAUCACCUGGGGAAGGCAGAUUGUUGGGUUACUGAGCACAGGUAUGGACGACCAAAUAAUUAUAUAUGUAGAAAGCAAGAUGAAUGGGAAAAAUGUCAUUAUGAUGGAACUCACAGGUCAAAACAAAGUUGCUCAUCCUGAAGUUUUGAAAAUAUUUAGUGAACUUGUCCGGAGCAAAGGACAAGAUGAGGAAAAAAUCAUCAUCCCUGAAUUGGAGGAAGACUGUGUUCCUGGACGAGCAUAG